CACAUCAAACAUGGAGAGCUGAGACAGUAGCAGCACAGCGGUCAGAUCCCGUGCGAUCCCGCGUCGCAGGGCGUGACGUUACAUUCACCCGUUGCCUGGAGACGAGUGUAGCGGCCACAUAGGCGCUGUAGCAACAUGGAGGCUUCUGGAAUUAGUUAUAAGAAUUUAAAAUGAUACCAAAAAAAGAUGCCGUUUAUGUGUACUGUUGUAUACCAUUGGAAAAAAACACUGUUUCCGAACAAGUAUAGUUAUUAUUGUAAUUUAUAUUCCAAGAAUGUUUUGCUGCUUAAGCACAAGUCAGCAGGAGGAAUAAAACAUUUUCUUGGAAUAAUUGAAGUAGAAGAAUUUUGACUGAUAAUGGCAGAAGACAGUAGAAGAAUGGAAGAAGAUGAUCAAGGCCCUGGAGCUGCUUUCAAGGUGUUUAUCCUCAUGGAGGACUUAAUUGAGAAAUUGAAAUUACUUGACUAUGAAGAGGAAGUACUAAGAAAACACAACAUGAGGCCUGUGUCAAGGCUGUAUUUUGCGUUAGCAACCAAUCCCGGUGAGCAGCUUUACAUGUUUUGGACACUUGCUGCUUGGCUCAUAAAUAAAGCGGGACACUAUUUUGAACAGCCCCAAGAAUACGAUGAUCCAAAUGCAAUUAUUUCCAAAAUUCUUACAGAGUUGCGUUCAUUGGGUGGUACAGCAGAUUUUCCUCCUUCCAAACUGAAGGCAGGCCACGGAGAACAAGUGUGCUAUGUACUUGAUUUUUUAGCUGAGGAAGCCUUAAAACAUAUAGGAUUUACCUGGAAGAGGCCUGUCUACCCUUCAGAGGAGUUAGAUGAAGAGGUUGUAGCCGAAGAUGAUGCUGAGCUAACAUUAAAUAAAAUUGAAGAUGAAAUUGCUGAAGAAGAUUCAGAUGAUGAGGAACACCUCAUAGAUUUAAAUGUUCUUAAGGCACAAACUAACAAAUUGAACAAUGGUGACUCCUCUAAGCCAGAGGAGAUUCUGGAGUCUAAUACUGAUGCAGGAGAGUGGUACCUGGAGGUGGAGCGUGUGCUUCCACAGCUGAAAGUCACAGUCAGGACAGAUAACAAGGACUGGAGGGUUCAUGUCGACCAAAUGCAUCAACACAAAGAGGGCAUCGAAACAUCGUUAAAAGAAACAAAGGGUUACCUGGACAAGCUCCACAACGAGAUCAGUAAGACACUGGAGAAAGUGGGCAGUCGUGAGAGGUAUAUUAAUAAUCAGCUGGAUUCCUUGGUCCAAGAGUAUCGAGCUGCACAAGCCCAACUGAGUGAGUUGAAAGAACAGUACCAAGAAUUAACAUCAAAGGUUACAGAAAAGUCGAGAAUCCUGUCAGAGCUGAAUGAUGAGUUAGAAAAAGUAAAGCAGGAAAUUGAAGAAAAAGGAAGUAGUAUCACAGAUGGAGCCCCGCUUGUGAAGAUGAAACAAGCUUUGACAAAACUUAAGCAAGAGACUGUACAGAUGGACAUUAGAAUUGGUGUUGUAGAGCAUACACUGCUUCAGUCAAAACUCAAUGAAAAAUCAAAUAUGACCAGAGACAUGCAUGCUACAACCAUCCUGGAAUCUUCAACAGGAGACUAUUAAUUGUUUGGAAUAGUUUCCUUAAUUUAUUACACAUUUUUUUAAUGAACAUUUGAACAUUUGAUUUGUAUAUAUUUUCAUUUUGUAUAAUACAUUGUUUUUCGCCAGGUUAUAGUGAUUUUUUUUUAAGCAGGAGUACAUAGAUUACUUGCGAAUAAAGUGUUCUAUUUUUAUA